AUGCAACAGAAGCAGGCAGUUUUGUUUGAGGUAGCUGAAACACGGCUGCUGUGGCUGAACUGCGUCGAUUUCUCGGUGGCCAUCAUCUGCGCGAUCGAGAUUGCUAUGAUGGCAUCGGCCGCCAACUCGCCUGUGAACUUUGACUUCUUCCGGCUCCUGCGCGUCGCGAAGCUGCUGCGAGUCCUGCGCAUGUUUAGCGUGGCUGUGGGCCACGCUCCACUCCAACUGCUGGUGAAGUGUCUGGAAGCCAGCAGGGGGAUGUUGUUUUGGUCCUUCUGCCUUCUGACUCUGCUUCAGCUCCUGGCUGGAGUUGUGGUGAGCAUGCUGGCCUCGUCCUACCUCCUGGAUGAUGAGGGCGAUGCAGUCAUGAAGGAGGAGGUCUUCCGAUACUACGGCACCUUUACUCGAACCUUUCUGACAAUGUUCGAGAUUAUGUUUGCGAACUGGGGGCCUGCUUGCCGUGUUCUGGUUGACAAUAUCAGCGAGUGGUUCUCGGUCUUCUUCUUGCUCUACCGCUGCGUCUUCGGCUUCGCGGUGCUUAACGUGGUCAAUUCUGUGUUCGUCCAGCAGACGAUGAAGACGGCGACCUCUGACGAAGAGCUGGCAUUUAAACAGAAGGAGAAGGACAUUGCGGUGUACAACCGAAAAGUCCGGAAGCUUUUCCAAACAAUCGAUGCCUCUGGGGAUGGCGCGAUCAACCUCGAGGAAUUUGAGAAGCUGGUGAAGUCACCGAAGCUGAAGUUUUGGAUGAGCCAACUGGAGUUGGAGUACCACGAUUUGCUGAGCCUCUUCGAGUUCUUGGACAACGGCGAUGGCCAGAUCACGCUUGCCGAGUUCAUCGAGGGCGCUGGGCGCCUGCGUGGCGGUGCGAAGGCAUUAGACAUCUGGCGCAUGGAGACCAAGAUCGAGGUCUUGUUCGAGGAAGUCUUUAAGAUGCUCCCUGGAGCGGGAACCGCAGCCAAAGACGACUCGUCCUCCCUGGACAGCGGGCCAGGCAGGAGUUGA